AGCUUUGCGAGUUUCCGUCGCGGCCUCCGCUGGCUGAGUUUCUGAGUUAGUGAGUUGGCUCUCAGUCCUUUUCUACCCUGAGUGACUGACUUCUUUCCCUACAACUGUUAUGUCCCGGAUCCUCAAAUCGGUGGAUUACGAGGUUUUCGGCCGGGUUCAAGGGGUUUGUUUCAGAAUGUACACAGAGGAUAAAGCUAGGAAAGCGGGUGUAGUUGGCUGGGUUAAAAAUACCAGACAAGGAACGGUUACUGGACAAGUGCAGGGUCCAGAAGAAAAAGUGAAUGAGAUGAAAGCUUGGUUGACCAGCGUUGGAAGUCCUAGCUCACGCAUUGACCGGACAAAUUUUUCUAAUGAAAAGGAAAUCUCAAAACUUGAAUUCUCUGGAUUCAUCACCAGAUACUAAAAGAACAAAACAUAUAAUUAUCUUAUUUCUACCAUUGCAUCAAACUUUCUAAGUCUCUCUAAAGCAAAUUAGGAAAAUAUAACAAUUAUCAUAUUUACAUUCUGGCCAUAUGUUUAUGUGGUGCGUUAAGGCAGAGAAAACUAUCACUUGGUUAAACUUUUUUUUUCUUUACAGAUACUUUAUAAACCCCUGGUUAAGCCACCUCUACCAAUUUGGGAAUUAGGCAUGUCGUUUUGCUAUCAUGUGCAUGUUUACUUGGAAAUGACUCCUUCUGUAUCCAAAAGGGUUAGUCCAGAUAAUUAUACUAUAUAUGUGCCUGCAGCUUUAAGGAUCUGUCCAAAUGUAAGUGUGGAAUGAUUUACAUCUUAAAACUAAUGUAUAUGACUACAUUCGGUGAAAUAAUUUAUUAAACCUUAAAUAUUUAAUUUUGGACAUUCUAAACCAAAAUGUUUUAUAACAAAUUAAAAGAAUUUUUUGUAAAUCUUAUCAAGUUCUCUGGCCAAUGAGCGUUCCUCUCCCUACAGUAUUCCAAUCAGAAGCUAACUGUCAUUAUUAUUCCUCAAUGGAAAAUAUCAAAUGUGUCACAUUAAAAUUUGAAAAUAAUGUUGGUGGUAUUUUUCUACAUGAGGUAACUGCUGAAAUAAAUUUUGAGUGCCAUAAAACUAGCUUAACUCUUUUCUGGGUGGAGUUACUUCCUCCUUGUUGCUCCACUCCUUGCUUCUUCUGUUUUCAGGUUGGUGCCAACAUGAAAACAGAAGAAGCAAGGAGUGGAGCAACACAAUGGGGCAUGGGGGGUGGGGGGUGGAAUUCCAUGGCCUUGGCCUUCUUACUAAUGUUUUUUUUUAAUUGACCUUCCUCUUUUUGCCUUACUGUUGUAUUGAGGUAAACAAAGUGGAAGAGCAGAUGGUCAAAGUAAUCUGAAAUCAAGAAGCAGCUUCUUACAGAGGUGUGAGCUCUGACAAGUGCCUGUGAUACCAACAUCUGACAUUCCCCAGUUUAGGGAAUACUUAAAUGUGUCCAGUAAAAGGAAAACAACAUCUGAGAAAAUUAUUUUUUGAUCAUAUGUAAUCCAAGAGCAUAUGUAAUCCAAGAUCUUUUCCAGGUUGCUUCUGUGAGUUAUUCUCAGUGUGCGAACAGAAAAAAGAUGGAUAUUUAUUUCUACAGAGAUGGAAGUUGAGGAUUUUCCAUGGCAUUGUAUAGGAUCACUGACUCUAGGUUUGCUCCUUCAAAUAUCAAGGCAGAAUAGAAUAACAAUGGAUCUUCUAUUUUCACUUGUGCCAACAAUAUUGGCAAAUUGCAAAUAUGCAAAACUACUGACAUUUAUAUGUAUCAUCAAAGCAGGCAUUCCCAGGAAGCUAUUGAUCUGAGUCAUUAAUGAAGCAUGAAUUCAUUGCUAAUUCAAAUGGGCACUUGAAAAGGCCUACCAUGUGUAUGAAGAAGAGUAUUUUUUUCCACAACCAGAUUAAUUUUCAUUGGAUCUUUUAUUCAAGUUCUUGCCUGCUUAGUAAGUUGUUAUAAUUCCAAACACACACGGCUUUUGUGAUCAUCUACAAACACCCUUUGUUAAACUCCUUAAGGACAACCCUUGUAAAUCUGAAAUACAAAAUGGCAAAGAUCAAGUGUAGGUCUUGUUCAUUAGCCAGAAUAUCUUUCUGAUGGGAACCAGUCUGUAUUUUCUUUUGGGCCAUACUGAAUAUGAACAAUAAUGCUCAAAAAAGGUUUUGGUUUUUUUUUGCUCAUUCUCAGUUGCUUAGUAUGUUAAGGAAAUAAAAAGAUAAUGUAAGAUUGUCCAGAAUCCCAUAGAUAUCUCUGUGUUUCAAAUGUUAAGUAAAAUACACAGGAAGAUUAUUUUAUGGAUCUCAUUUUUUGCUUGUCAUGUUUGUAUAUUUAAACCCAUUCCACAUCUGAACAAACUUUCAAAACC